AAGAGCUACUUUCUUGCCUGUCUUUCUAGAGAAUCAAGGGACAUGAGAAAUGGCACGACCAUCACAGAGUUCAUCCUUCUAGGCUUUCCUGAUACCCAAGGACUACAAAUCCCUCUCUUUCUCGUGAUCUUUUGCGGCUACAUAUUAACCCUUGCAGGCAAUGGGUUCAAAAUCGCCAUUGUCUGGGCUGAGCCCAGGCUACAAAUACCAAUGUACUUCUUCCUUUGCACUUUGUCCUUCCUAGAGAUCUGCUAUCUGCAUCCCCUGCUGCUCUUCCACUUUUUCCCGGGAACCACCGAGUUCUUUAUCUUCAUUGUCAUGUCUUUUGACCAUUACCCGGCCAUCUGCAAGCCCCUUCGCUACCCCACCAUUAUGACCAGCAACCUCUGACUGCAACUUGCCCUCAGCUCCUGGGUGGUAGGCUUUACCACCGUCUUUUGUCAGAUGCUACCGCUCAUCCGGUUGCCAUUCUGUGGCAACAAUGUCAUCAAUCAUUUCUACUGUGACCUGAGACCCACAGCACACUCUUCCUUUAAGAUUAAUAAGGUGGUGUCAGUGCUAAAUACUAUCCUGACACCCCUUCUGAAUCCCUUCAUUUGUACAAUUAGAAACAAGGAGGUGAAAGCAGCCCUAAGGAAGGCAAUGGCUUGUCCAAAGACUCAUCAUCGAGAGGAAAACAUGCGACACAUCAAAUGA